GACGCGCCUGCCCAGUGCGGAGUAAAAUCGUACAACUACGCUUAGUUGUGCACUUAGGAGAGAGACUGCUAGUCUUUUAAGUUUAGGGUUUUUUACUUAGUAUGUGUAUUGUAAAUUCGUAGUUUUAAUAACUUAUUAUUCUAGGCUUAAGGAUAACCAAACUCCUCGCCACCAAAACGCUUUGCAGAUGCCACCAAAUAACUCCAUUAGCCCAGUGGAAAACAGCCCUUUGAUUUCAUCAACAUCAGAACAACGCUCGAAGAUGAAUUCAAUCCUAGCCAAUGGCCAUUCAAGAGCUUUCCAUAGGAAUGACUUAGCUGGACCUAGUGCAUCGUCAUCUUCCAUCCACUCUAAUGGAAUAAAUGGCUUAAAUGUACCUGAAGAUAUGCCUAUGUUUCACUAUGAAAGAGAAAGGCUUAGAAGUUUCGAGAAUUGGCCAGUCUCAUUUUUAAGCCCCAGCCAGAUGGCCGCUGCGGGUUUCUACUACCUAAAGCGAGAAGAUGUGGUCCGUUGUGCGUUUUGCGGAGUUGAAGUUGGCUGCUGGGUAGAAGGGGACGACCCUAUGCACGAUCAUGAGAGGUGGUCUCCAUCUUGUAAAUUUGUGCGGAAACUACCUGUUGGAAACGUCCCUAUUACUGUCAACAAUGCAAACAACAAUGUACAAGAUGUUCCUAAAGAAAAUGGCUAUGACACGUGUGGAAGGAUUGAAUUCAGGCCUGAAUGCGGAGUGAACGUGAAUGCUGUUAAAGACAACAAACCCUUACCUCCACUAGAAAAACUGGGAAUACACAAAAGCAGAGCUCCCUCGUUUCCCAACUACGCAACUUUAGAGUCAAGACUGCGAUCGUACGAGAUGUGGCCAAUCGCUCUGAAACUGAAGCCGAAUACUCUGAGUGAAGCUGGGUUUUUCUAUACAGGUAAGGGAGACCAGACGAUCUGCUUCCAUUGUGGCGGAGGACUGAAAGACUGGGAGGAGUCAGAUGAACCGUGGGUGGAGCACGCGAGAUGGUUUUCUAAAUGCAACUUUGUGCUGCUCGUCAAAGGAAAAGAUUUUGUCGAUGAAGUUUGUGGCAGGAAAAUAGUUAAGGGAAAAUCAAAAAGUGAAGAAAACAUCAGUCAGUCCAGCUCAUUAGAAUGCAGUAAAAAGGAAGAGACUAAAACAAGCAAAGAAGUGGACAGUAAAAAAGAGGAUGAUGGCAGUGAUGCCGGUAAGUCUGAACACACGAGUCUGUGCAAGAUCUGCUACACAGAUGAGGUCGGGGUUGUGUUCCUACCCUGUGGCCAUCUUGUAGCCUGUGUCAAGUGCGCGCUGUCCCUCACAACCUGCGCUGUGUGUCGUCAACCCGUCACCGCCACUGUCCGCGUCUUCCUCUCCUGAAGACACUAACUCGCACAUUCAAUACGGUUUACUUCUAGUCACUUACAAAGCAAUAACAUGUAUCAAAGUGUUAUUUAAUCACGUAUCGAAAUGUGAUACCGAUUUUCAGGAGUGAUUUUAGUUGGUAUAUAAAUUUUUAUUUUUUUUAACAGCCUGAACAACCAAAGGCUUCACUCUAUUCCCUCGCAGAAUUUUCGUUGGUUUGUUGGGUGAGUGUGUUCUAUAAAUUGUAAGAGUGAUGUUUUAGUUUAAAAAUUUUAAAAAGUAAUUUUAAAUCAAUACCUUUUGUUGGAUUCAGAUUUGAUUUUUCAUUUUGGUUUUAAAAGUAAUGAGGAUGAUUUUAUUAUAUCUAUCUUAUUUUAGCUAGGUUUAUUGCUUAAAACCAAUCGCUUUGCUUUUCUUGCUUUCCCAAAGAUUUAUUUUACUGUAGCAAAAUGUCCGUUUUAUUUGAUCCUGUUAUCCUAAUUGUUUUAAAAUCACUACAUCUUCAGAUAACUUUUAUAUACCUUAUAAAAAGCUAAAUGAAUACAAAGAUUUGCUUAUGUUUAACACAAAUUGUUUGGUUUUUAAUUUGAGAAAUGCCAGGUAUGAUUUUGAGUUUUGUUGUCUUGAUUUUAGUUGAUUAGGAAAUAAUAUAUAUAAUUUUAUGUCUUUGAGACGUUCCUUUUUUGAAGAAUUCCUCACCUCAAUGUCAAAAGUCCAUGACGACUCUUGACUAUCAACACAGAGAUCGAUAUGUCAUUAAAAAUUAAAAACAACGUAUUAGAAAGGACACUAAGUGUUAAUUGACCAUGCUUAUUGUUAAAUGUGUGCUAGCUCAUAAACUAGCUAAACUGAUAUUAAUACGAAUUGAAUCUGUACAGUGUUAAUCAGUCACACAAAUCAUGUAUUCAGUCACCUUCAAUUGCUAUUAGGUCACCAAAGUCUGGUUGAGUGUCCUCUCUAUUUCGUCAAUUUUCAAUGAUUAGGUGUCAUGAAUAUUCCAUUUCAAGCAUGUCGUGUUUGCUAAGAAUUGAAAAUAGAAUUUUAAAGAAAACUUCUUAGGAAAACCUAAUAUUAAUAGGCCUAAGUUUAUUACUCGAGGCUUAGACAGAACAAUUAAGGAAUUGAAAUAUCUUCUAAUCAUUAAGCUCCAAUUUACUGAAAUUUGAAUUUUUUAACAUUAUUAUUAAGUUGAAUUACAUCUAUGAUUUUACGACUCACAGGAAAAGGUGGUGGUAGGUAGCAGCACUGUCUUUAAAACUGUUUUAGAACCACCAACUUGGUUUUGUUCAAAAAAUAAAA